GGAUGACUCUGACCUGGAUUCAUCGAGCGACGAAGAGCCUGAAAAUGCUGUUUUAGCCCGGACAACACCGCCAGCUGACAGUGAGGAUGAAGAGGUCUCAGGAGCUCCAAGCGCGGGCAGUAUGGACAAUGCGCUUGAAGAAAUCCCCAAGCCUUCGAAGGAUUCUCCCACAUGGAAGGCUGUCCAAGGCUCCUCGAGUAAUGCCAUGCCUGAGUGGAAAGACGUACCACCCUACCCAUCCCCGGUGGAGUCUCCCAUCACCUAUUUCAGAAACUUCUUUGACGUGACAUUCCUGUCUCGCAUCUGUGAGCAGUCCUCCCUGUAUAGCGCUCAGAGGAAUCCCAACAAAGUUACUUCAAUGACAGUCAAUGAUUUAAAGCAGUUCAUCGGUACAGUGCUCACUAUGUCGCUUAUGAAGCUGCCUCAAACACGCAUGUACUGGUCGCAGAGGUUCCGAGUCAGUCAAGUCGCCGACACCAUGACGAGAGACAGGUGGGAAGAAAUCAAGCAGUCACUGCAUUUUAGUGACAACCAGGAAGCACCAGACCAGAAUGACCCCGAACGUGACAGGCUUUACAAAGUGCGGCCCCUGUUGGACCACCUGGUCGCCAAAUGCCACGAGAUACCAAAAUCUCAAAAGCUAUGCGUUGAUGAGCAGCUGGUGCCGUUCAAAGGCCGCAGCUCAUUGAAGCAGUAUUUGCCCAAUAAGCCCAAAAAAUGGGGUUAUAAGCUUUUCCUUCUCUGCGAUGAACGCGCCAUAAUGUACAACUUUGAAGUUUACACAGGCAAAAUUCUUCCUCAGCAAGGUUUUCCCGACAUCGGCGCAAGUGGCAACAUCGUCCUGCGAAUGGCGAGUAUCGUGCCCCGCGGUCUAGACUACAUCUUGUAUUUUGACAACUGGUUUUGCGGCGUGGACUUACAAGUAGUCCUCAAGAAGAUUGGAAUCAGUUCCGUAGGGACAGUACGCGAGGCUCGCCUAAAAGGAUGCAAACUUCCAUCCGACAAAGAUCUGAAGAAGAAAGGGCGUGGCUCUUACGUGGUAAUGGCGACCACAUUUGAAGGGGUGAGCCUGAGGGCUGUCAAGUGGUUUGACAACCGCCCCGUGACUUUACUGUCCACGUUUGCUUCAGCAUCACCCGAGCAGGCCGUGAAGCGCUUCGACAAGAAGACCCGAACGACUGUGAGCAUACCCCGUCCUGCUAUUGUCGGCAUCUACAAUGAAUACAUGGGAGGUGUUGAUCUUUUGGACAUGCUUGUGGCACUCUACCGCAUCCACGUAAGGUCAAAAAAGUGGUACAGGAGGCUCUUUUUUCAUUUAUUGGAUGUAGUAGUUGUCAACUGCUGGCUCCUCUACCGCCGAGAUGCCACCGCAGCUAACGUGCCUUGCAAGCACCAAAUGACCCUGCUAACAUUCAAAGCAGACAUUGCCUGCGCACUGAGGCAACAGGGAAAGGUAUCAACCCCUUCGAGGAAGCGACCAUUGGGCCCAUCAAAAGUCGAGAAUGAAUUGCAGGCGAAGAAGCGGCCCGGGCCAUCAGCUCCUGUUCCAUGCAAGGAGAUAAGGCUCGACACUAUCGACCAUCUCCCGAUGUUUUUUGCAAAAAAAGGCCGUUGUAAAUACCCAAACUGCACAGGAAUCACGCGAGUCAUGUGCAGGAAGUACAACGUACACCUUUGUUUCACUCCAGGGAAGGAGUGCAUGCACAAAUUCCACACUAACCCGUAA